CCCCUUCGUUUACAGUGACCAGAUGGCUUUAUAUAAUGACCCAUCACGUGAUGUCUGAAAAUCCGAACGGCCUCAGAGGAAAACUAAAUUUCACAAAUUACUUGAGGUUACUCUGACUGAUGCCAAUGGAGGGCGAUUUCUCGAGUUUUGUCGUUCGAAGCGUUGUUUCCUCCACAGUGAUCAUGUCGAGACACCACUGGACGGAAGUCGGUUACAACUCAGUGUUCUGGUUGGGCGUACUAUGGUCAGCAACAAACCUCUUUUGGCUGUUCGUCUACUCAACAUGUAUAACCUUGACAGCGUCCGUUGUCCUUGUGAUUAUUCUAAUGAUUUUCAACAAGUCUGAUAGUAACAUCAGUGAAUACAUUUUUCUAGCUUUCUGGGGAAUAUUCUCCUAUUUUACCAACUGUUCAAUACGCAUGCCCACUUCGGAAGAUGUUGCCUAUGGUUCUCAGACCUUUUCGCCAGAGGCAGGGUCUCUGCGGUAUUUUGCUCUUACGUUACUCGUAGCCAGUGCCAAAGACGGAGGACAGUUUGGUAUUUGGAUAAUAUCUGUCACGUGCGCCUCAGUUCUUCUGAAUUAUCUCUGUGUACAAAUACAUAACACGGAUUUUGAAGAAAAUUCAAAUGAACCCAACGCAGGAACAUAUUCAAGAAUAUUGUCACUAUCUCUUUUACUUCUAAUAUUUUUAACGUCCUAUCUGGUCAUCGCUUCCGCAUCAUCGUUUGCAAUAAUUAUAUUAUUGGCAUUUUUUCGAAUUCAACUUGUAAUAAAAUCAAUAGAAAAAAAAUUUAAAGAGAGAUAUGGUGAGUUUUCCACUAGAUCUGAGUUAUUUUACUAUUUUCUGUCAGCGGGUUAUAUCUGUGCAUAUGUGUUUUUUGUUAAAACUUCACAACCUCCUUUGUUCUCAAUUCCGAUUAUCUUUCUGUCCAUAGAAACUGUAUAUUAUAUUUACUUAAUUUUUGAAAACAUAUGGGUUUUACGAAGAUACAGAGAGAACUUUUGGAAAAAUACAUUUACUGUGCCGAAUACCAAGAAAGGAAAUCAAUGCCCCGUGUGUUUGGCUGAUAUUUGGUCCGGAAGAAUGACGUCAUGUGGUCACGUGUUUCAUUCUGACUGUCUUGUUCGAUGCCUUCGUCAGUCCUCUGUUUGUCCGAUGUGUAGGAGUGUUGUUAUUGGUAACAAAAAAUGUAAAUGAGAUAUGUGCCAUGUUUAAAACUUUACAUCUGCAUGUGCCAUGCAUUUUCACUACUGCAAUGUUUGAUAUUUCAGACGUUUGUUCAAAAUUAAAAAAGAAAUCAUACACG